CUUUCAGCAGCUGAUAAAAUGGUCCUAAUAUUUAUUUACAUUUUUCCUUUAGACAUAUUUCGCCAACACAUUUAUCUGUUUCUGCUCAUGUAAUUCAAAUAGUACGAAGUACAUGUUAGUGGCGGUAUUUUUUCUUUGAACUAAAUUUUAUCGAAAAUUCGGCAGACGGAAAAUAAAAGCCACUGUCGUGGUGGACUGGAAGACAGCCACAUAAAUGUAUCACAAAAAGCAAUAUUCUUCCCGAAACUUGGUGAUUUAUUGCGAGGUCAGUUAUCACAUCGUGAUGGCUACAGACACACUCCAAAUAAAGAGAAGACGGCAUUUUGCCAAUUAUCUUUGUUAAAGUUUAUCGACGAUUGCUUUAGUUAUUUGCUAAAAGUUUCGCAGUUAUUCGCCCAACGUUUAACUCUCCAAAUUCGCAUUGGUCACGUUUGUAAUUGAAAUCGUCAACAGUUGAAGUUUUAUUGACAUUUUUAUUUAUCGAUCGGGGCCUAAUGAAUGUCACUUUGUUUACUAAUUCCGUUAACUUCACAGACGCUUGAAUUAUAUUUAUUAUUAAACGCGAUGGACUAACGGGUGCGGCGACUGAAAUAGUACACAUACAUUCAUUAUUCGUCCACAAUAUAACAUGAAGGCUUUUCCUUGUAAAAUUACGCUUCGCACGUCACUUUUUUCUGGUUCUAGUCAUUAUUGUAAUUAUGUGGCGCGAAACCUUUUUCCAAUUCACUCCGAAAUGUUCAGCGCAAACGGUGCGUUUUUGUGAUUUUGAACAAAAUCAAGACCUCUUCACACACAUGUGUGAAGCGACAUUAAACUUAUUUCAACUUGAAGCGGACUGGUCGUAAAUUCAAAUUUCGAGAUGCGACAAAUUGGAAAAAAAUCGUAUGAAUAUAUCAUACUCUCUCAUUAUUUCUGAAAGUAUUUGUGAAAAAAAAACAUUUUUCCUGUGGUUCCAUUGUUGAAAACAAUUAAUUCACGCUUUACCACAUAUCAGAAUGCAUUAAUAACAUUUAAAUUGUGACAGACAUUUAUUUGAAAACGUGUUAACGAAACAAGUUGUAACAUUAAUUUCGAAUUAAAUUAUUUAAAACGGAUUAUCGUUUUGAGUGCCAAAGCACGUUAAUUACACUUGUCAAUUUUAAAUCUUGGUUUGGUUUGAGAGAAUUGCAUAGUUUUUGCUUGGUUUUUGUUUAUUUAGUCUAUUCUUGUUUGCGUGGGUUUGAAACAGAUCUGUCCAAAUGCUUCUUAGAUCUCCGCAAACAUUUUCAAAUUUAAUUUUUUCUUUGACACGGAAAAUAUUGUGUGUGUCACUGUUGGAAUUAUUCUUAGAUCGCUCCACUGUUAUUUUCUGAGAGUCAUCCAAUUCACGCCAAUUCAUCCUAAAAUAAAUCAUUACUUUUUAAUGUCUUGCCGAUAAACUAUUUCGUUGCUAAAUGAAGCAACAGUUUGCAAUUCUCAAACGAGGAAUUGAUGAUAAUGGUUUUCACAUUUUCGCAAAGUGUAGAUUAACCCACUUAGGCCUAAAAUAACUGAUCAGCUUUUGUCAUUGUAACAGAACUUGAAAGCUUUGCACAUCCCACGUUUCACUCUAGUUAGUUUAGUCCCGUUUUUAAAAAAUCGAUCCCAUCUGUCAGCGAUAUCGAACUGCAGUGUCCUGCCAAGUUGUUAAAAUUCAGUGGGUCAGGCGUCGCAUUUAAUCUCCGAUUCUUCACCAAUGCAGACGUUGUUCAGAUAAUGAUCGAAUUCGAAAUUCCAGUAAUGGUUGGCCUAACCCACGAAACAAUGUAGUGAGUAGUUUUGGGUCACAGACACGUGCGUGUGGUCAACUCUAGCAAUCUGUCGAAAUCUUCCCGAAAGUAAACGCGACUUUGUAGGAGCCGAAAACAAACAAAUUAUGAUGACCGUGUCGUAAAAUGCAGACGUAAUCCCAAAAGCGCGUAUUGUUUUGGUGCUGCAACAAAAUGGUAAACAGGUGUGUUUUACACACCAUUUGGAUUUUUAGUGGCGGAUCUCACAUUUCUUAAAAGUGAACCAAACAGCCUACUCAUGAGACAUGCAGAUGAUAUUAGUCGCAGGAGGGUCGCUGCCCAAGCUCAGCAGCCAGGAAGAGGACGGGCACACCCCCCACUCCCAGUUCACUGGCGUAGCCCACUUUGAGCCCAUCCCGCACGACCACGACUUUUGCGAAAGAGUUGUGAUAAACGUCAGCGGCCUCCGGUUCGAGACGCAACUUAGAACGCUAAAUCAGUUUCCUGACACGCUGCUAGGUGAUCCAGCCCGCCGCAUCCGCUACUUCGACCCGCUUCGCAAUGAGUACUUCUUCGACCGCAACCGGCCCUCCUUCGACGCCAUCCUGUACUACUACCAGAGCGGCGGUCGGCUCCGGCGGCCCGUCAACGUGCCGCUGGACGUCUUCUCCGAGGAGAUCAAGUUCUACGAGCUGGGGGAGCUGGCGAUCAACAAGUUCCGCGAGGACGAGGGCUUCAUCAAGGAGGAGGAGAAGCCGCUACCCUCGCACGAGUUCCAGCGCAACGUGUGGCUGCUGUUCGAGUACCCGGAGUCGUCGCAGGCGGCGCGCGUCGUCGCCAUCAUCUCCGUGUUCGUUAUCCUGCUCUCUAUCGUUAUUUUCUGCCUGGAGACGCUGCCCGAGUUCAAGCACUACAAGGUGUUCAACACGACUACCAACGGCACCAAGAUAGAGGAGGACGAGGUGCCGGACAUCACGGACCCGUUCUUCCUCAUCGAGACCAUCUGCAUCAUCUGGUUCACGUUCGAAUUGUCCGUGCGCUUCCUGGCGUGUCCCAACAAGCUACAUUUCUUCCGGGACGUCAUGAACUUUAUCGAUAUCAUCGCCAUCAUUCCGUACUUUAUUACGUUGGCCACCGUCGUGGCCGAGGAGGAGGACACGUUGAACCUGCCACGUGCGCCUGUUAGUCCGCAAGAUAAAAGCACCAACCAGGCCAUGUCGCUGGCCAUUCUUCGUGUCAUUCGGCUCGUGCGAGUCUUCCGCAUCUUCAAACUUAGCCGGCAUAGUAAGGGCCUGCAGAUCCUAGGGCGCACGCUUAAAGCCAGCAUGCGCGAGUUAGGCUUGCUCAUCUUCUUCCUAUUCAUAGGUGUCGUGCUCUUCUCGAGCGCCGUCUACUUCGCUGAAGCGGGCUCCGAGAAUUCCUUCUUCAAGUCCAUCCCAGACGCGUUCUGGUGGGCAGUGGUCACCAUGACGACUGUGGGCUACGGCGACAUGACGCCGGUCGGCGUUUGGGGCAAGAUCGUGGGUUCGCUGUGUGCAAUCGCUGGUGUAUUGACCAUUGCGCUGCCAGUGCCAGUCAUAGUUUCGAAUUUCAAUUACUUUUAUCAUCGUGAGACGGAUCAGGAAGAGAUGCAGUCGCAGAACUUCAACCACGUGACCAGCUGCCCGUACCUGCCAGGCACCUUAGGCCAACAUAUGAAGAAGAGCUCGCUAAGCGAAUCCUCCAGCGAUCUCGUUGAGCUGGAGGAGGGCCUGCUGGUGACGCGCGACCAGCUGGUCCGGAAGCAGAACUGCAAUCCGCGCCACAACAACAACAUCAACGCCAUGAGCAUCGAGACUGACGUUUGACUACAAGUGACGGAUGCGCUGCGCCCACGGCUCCUCGGCGUCCAAAGUUGGUGUUACCAUCGCCGCCGUCGCCACCUGCCGCCCCCAACGUCGCCGCCACCAGCAUCAGCACCACCUCCCGCAGCAACAACUCUCGCCACCAGCAGCAGCAGGAAACGCAAGUGUGUGCGCGCAGUGCUCCGGACGCUUACCGAACUGCUACAUCAAAUUCACAGUACUUGUUCUCGGUACUUUUGUAUUACCAUAACGAUUGUUUUUGGGUGAGAUAUCCUGCCAAACAUAUAAUAAUAACAUAAUUACUACAUAAUAAUAAAUACCUAUAAAUAAUGAAUAACUUAUAAUAAUAAUGAUAACGUAAUUUAAUGAGUAAACAACGCGCAUCGGCCGGCGGCAACCACCUUACACCCGCUCGAUCGUCUGCGGUCCUGUCGGUCCAGUCAAUUAGGGCGUUUUCACCUCACUUUUCACCCAAAAACGGCCCGCUUUCCGCCUGGAAACUGGGGCGUUUUUGCGUCCCCAUCUUUCUCCAUGUACAGUUGGGUGCUCAGGUCGAGCGAUCACGCAGCCUUAGUCUCUUAUGCCACCGAAAUUUCAAAUUAACUAACUGUACAUAGCUAUUGUAUCUCCCAGUUCAGAAGUUCAAAUUGUGAUCCUGUUCGAAUGAAUGUACUCAAAACGUUAAUAUUGAAUUUUAACUAAGCAUAAUACGUAGCAGGUAAAUAUCGCUGCUUUUAGUUUAGUGGCAGAGCAGAGCAUUUAACGAAACCUAUUGUUCAAGUCACGAUUGCUACUUUAAUGUACGACAUUCUAAACGCCUCGUAACAACUUCCUUAAACCCACUUUAUUUACUGUUACAUUAACGUUAGCCAAAGAUUUUGUACCCUUAUUGAAGUGAUAUUUUCGAUUUAGGUAAAUGUUAAAAUUUGUAAGAUUGAACACUAAUAAGUCAUGACAUGGCUUAAGAAACUGUACUGCCUUUACGAUAGUUAUAAGGAAAACAAUUUUGCACUAUUUCUAAUAAUACUCAGCGAGUAUCCAGCCAAAAUUAAUUAAGAAUGUCUGAACCAGCCUUUGCUCGACCAAGCGCGUCCACGUGCGGCCUGGACUGAUCUCAUACAUAUCGCUAUGUAUACGAGAACAUCGAUACAACUCAGACAAGCUCAAACCUUUCACUUUACGUUACGUUGCGUUGGUUGUAUCGACACAAACCGAUUCGAACGUGAGUCCUGUCGCAGAUCAUGCCCACUUUCUCAAAUCACUUCAAACGCAGCAACGAACAACAAACUCGUACAUGAAAUUUUAUUAUUGCUUUUGAUUGAGAUUUGCUCGGACGUGACCUUGACCCAUUUAUCCAAAGCUUGGAUGCGCUCUUAAUAACUCAGUGGACGGAGGUUUGGUCCAUCAAAGGGGUACUUAUGAUAUUGUAAGAGUGAUAUUAUUUUAAGUAAGAUUUUAGGAUUAUUUUCUUCCAAUUAAAAACAGGCCGAUACGAAAGCACCCAAAAUGUCUGGUCAUUUUAUUACGGCUGUCCCAGCGAGUUGGUGGUCAUUAUAUUUAAAAAAUAUUCUGCAAAAUUUCAGUUUUUGGAUGUACCUCGUACUACUGAUGUUUUUAGUCGCUUUUACUAGUUUUUUUUUAAACUGUAUUACGGCAAAAUCAUGAGUACUAACGAACAAAGUAAGAGCGUUACUGCUUUUGGACCGUUGCAGUCGAGACGUUAGAAACUUUAAAUGAAACACUCUAUUUUUAUUUUUGUUUCCGAAAAGGUUUUAAUUAUCUUUCAAAAAUUAACAAUUAGGUAUGUUACUCAAAAGGUAUUUAUUAACUUUAUAAAACAUUGGAAAAAAUGUUUAAGUGGUCGACAAGUGAAUUUUUUAGCAAAUAAUAAAUUUAACUUACACUGAGGCCAUUAUGAUUUGUCCUUUAUUUCAGUAAAAUAUUUUUUAAUAUUUAUUAACAACAAAUAAUCUGUGUUAUGACAGCAAUAGUGUUCAUUGAAUUAUGUGCAUUGUUGCUAAAAUUAACAUUUAAAAAUUGUAAAAAAGACAGUUUAAUAAUCUCUGAGAAGCAAAAAGAAGACAGGAUGUUCCAUUAUUUUUUUAGUUAUUCAAUUUUUAUCAAUUUUUUUAAUUAAAAACUUUGUUUUCGUCAAAGGAUAUUUGUUUGAAAAACUAAAAAUCGAGUCAAAAUCGUCAGUACUAAAAGCUACGUCCAAAAAUACAAAAAAUAGCGUGCUUCGUUUAAAAACAUAAAGUAUUGUAACUCAAUUUUAAUUAGUUAAUUAAUUGAGUAUAGUUUUUUAAAUGUGUUAACAUUAAUAUAAAGGUCAAUAUGUGCUCCACCAACUCGCUGAGAGACCCUCCAUGUUACAGCUAAUGUGUAAACUUUGCUGGUUCAUAAGCUAGUCAAACCAUUGGCUCUUUCGACUAAAUUAAUAGCUAGUUUAUAAAAAGCUGGAUAUUUUAUCAGUUAUAAACUAACCAACCACAUAUCCAAAGAAAUUAGCCAAAGUUAAAUUGUCUCUUUAAGAUUCACUCAUUUAGGCGGUUAAAAGUCAGUCUCACAAUAAUUGUCCUUCGUUGAACACUAGUACUAGCUCUGAAGUUGGAUAGUCGAAAAAUUAUGAGACUUGUUCUUAAAAACUGAACAAUAUUAGAUUUUUGAACAUGUUUUUACGCUAAUCUCGCAAUACUUUAUUUUACAAUUUUUAACAAUCUAAGGCUUUUUGCUAUUACGAAGAAACACAAUUACGAUAAAGUUUAAGCUUGUCAGAGACCAGUAAUUAAACAAAUUCGUGAAAAUAUUUAAAAAAAUAUUUGAAAGAUUGUUUUGCAAUGACAAAGUCAGACUUCAUGAGAAAAAAACUAUGAUUACAGGAUUUAAAGUAAAUUUUUUGUAGUUUUUUUUUUAGUACUGUAUUGUAGUAUUGUAAUUUUUUACGUAAAUUUGCGUUUAAGAGUUAAUUUAUUUAUUUUUUAAAUAAACCAUAGAUCUAAAAAGUUUUAGAGGGUAAUUAAACUGUGUUCGUAAUACAGUUUUUUAUCAGAUGCAUUAAAUAGUGGGGUUAUUUUGUGUAUAUUUAUAAUAACUAAGGCUAAGGGCAUUAACAGAAAGAAAAACAACUGUGGUGUCCAAACCAUUGAAUUGUUGUAGUUUCUUGAAUGCCUAUAAUGCGGAUUAACGUAGAAAUUUCACUACUACUUCACCACUUCAUGAUCAUGUAUUUCUUUAAAAGCAAUCAUUGUUUUUGGACCUCCCAGCUAUCAUAGCUAAUAAUGGUUGGUAACCUGAUUACAAAAAGUUUAAUUUUUACAUAAAGUAAAAGCUUCUGUGCGUAGUCAAUUCUACGGCUUUCCUAAUAUCAACUGUUUGACGUUAAUUUCUUUAAUAAAUAACGUUUAAAAGCAACAAACAAAUGUGGACAAUUUGUGCUUUUGGUUGAAUAUUUUAAUUAUUUAUUAUUAUUUUAAUUUGAGUAUAGAAUCUGUAGCCCUUAUUGCUCUGGAUGUACGCUAUCCUUUUUUACAAUUGAUUUUCUAAGAAUUUUUUUUCUAUCCUCAUCCACUCAACAAUGCAUUAAAGCUAGAAAAAUUCUGCCUUAUUUUAAUAAUAAUUUCUACGCAUUUGCAGAUGCUGUACAUGAUAGUUUCCAAAAAUAGCUAUUUUUAACAGUUUUUACUUCUUAAACGGGAGUAGUAGUUAUUUUUAUACAGGGUCACUAAAAAAUAAGGAUACAGCUAAGUAUUUUCAGAACGGUUUAACAGAGCACCUUAAAAUUUCGGGAACAGUCAAAAGUAUUAAAAUUCUGUCAUUUGUGAUCAUUUUUUUUAGUUUUCUGCCAUCAUUUUAUGUAGGGUCAAAUUUAAUAGUUUUAAAAAGAUAAUUUUUUUCUGAAUUCAGUGUUGUAACACAUACCCACUUUUAUUUUUAUUUAUUGGAAGGUAAAAAGAAAUAAAGAAGUCAAUGUAAUUUAUUUUAAACAACUUUUGUAGCAUAAAAAUCGUAUGUAUUUCGUGUUUAAGGUUUUUUAUAAAAUGUGUUUACGUUAAAAGUGUUAUUUUAACAAUUAAUAUUAACUUUUACUUAUUUUUUGGUCAAGCAGCAAAGAACUAAUGAGAACAUUUCCAAGGCUACAAAAAUCAAGUUGGCUUUGUAUCCUUAGAACAAAUGGAGGUAGCAUUUUGAUAAACAUCUGAAAUGUUGGAAUUUAUAUACUUUUAAGCAUAUACCAAAGUUUUGGUGAAUAGUUUUUAUAAUAUUUAACUGUCUCCAUACUUUUUAGGCGACCCUGUAAUACCACAGUACCUAAAGAAAAGUAUAAAGUAGUUGUUUUUACUACUUACUUCAAGUAUACUGUAGACGUUAGGUGGUAUUACUUGAAGUAAAAGCAAAUAAUUUGAGAUUGACUUUUGUCUAAAUGAGUCAUUUUGCGUUUAAAUAUAUUUUUUUUAUCAAACACAAAAAAUUAAAGAUGUAAUAGAUGCUAUUUUGAAUAAGUGGAUAAAUAAGAUAAGUGGUUGGUUUAUUAAUUUAAAAUUGCAUUUUAUGUUAAGAUAGUCAAUGGUUUGGAUAGUUUAUAAACUAGGCAAAAGUUUGCACAUUGGCCGUAACACCGACACCAAUAAAAUGUGAUCAAAUUGUAACUACUAAGAGUUGAUUGGAUAUUUUGUGUGGUGUUUGUAAAAAUUUGGAAAAUAGUGGGAAUAAUGCAGGGUGUGUUUGGGGUGCUUUCUGGUGGCAGUUCAGUCAGUCCCCUGACCAGUGCAGUUAGUGUUGUAGUAGUCGAGGUUGUGGACCGAGAGGAUCAGCAGCUAGGCGGAGGGAGGGGGCGGGGGCGUCGCCUCCGGUACAGGCCUUGUCAGCGCCCGCGUCGUGGCGCGUCGUCGAGAUGCGAAUGCUGUGUAGUGCUCACACCGAACUCUAUUAGUUGUCGGCACUGUUUUAAGUGCUUGUAUUUUUGGGCUGUGUGAAGCUUACCUAGGGUUGGAUUAGCUUUAGCCCUUGUUACAUAUCCACCCGCGUAGCCGGACCGGCGGGGGCGUGCGGCCGGGGGCCCGAGGGGGCCCCGGGGAUCGCCGGCCGGCACCGACCUGCGGCCGCACGCGCCCGCCCUCGCAAUAUAUCACUAUUUAAAUCGAAUUCGAAUGCUAAUAAUCAUUACUGUGUAGAUAAUCAAUAAUCAAAACACCGGAACAAUGGUUUCAUUUCUUUGUAUCAGGCGGUAUACUUGUGUAUGUUAAUGUUAUUAUUGUUGUUUCGUUCCUUAGCGGCUGGGGGCGUGCGGGGGGACCGGCCCGCCCCGCAUCCCUGCAGCCGACACACACCAACCGUGCGCGUCCGAAAGGCGCCGCUCAUUGUCAUUUUUUUGUGAAUCAGUAUGAAUCUAGUCAUGUUUGUUACAAUUUAAAAUAUUUUAUAAAUGUUGAUUAAUAUACGACAUUCCUAUUUCAA